UCCAACUGACUAUCAUGUGUUAAGUCUAUUGACACGAAUUAUAUAAUAAAUUAGCAAUAUAACGUAAAGAAUCUUAGGUAGCGUACAAUAAAUCUUAGAAUGCGCCAACCAAUUUCAAAAAGUCGCUUUACGUUUUCCCUUUUGAAAAUGCUGUAAUCAUGUAUUUCUGUAUUCAUAUUUGUUUAGUGCAGAUUGACAGAUAGUCUACGAUCAAAUAUCGUGUUCGUGUUUAAAUGAAGGAAGAACUUUUGAAGAACUAGCGAUGUGACAAGCAGGAGUGAGUCACAUGAUUUGAUUCUUCUGUUUUGUGGCUGUGGCUCAAAACCUAAUGGAUUCUGAUGUUGCUUACCGCUCUGACUUCUACAUUGGUUUGGCACUUGCUGUGAGCUCCACUAUCUUCAUCGGCUGCAGUUUUAUACUGAAAAAGAAAGGCCUUUUACGACUCGCAAAAACAGGCUCUACUAGAGCAGGUCAAGGUGGAUAUGCCUACCUGAAAGAAUGGUUGUGGUGGGCAGGGCUUAUAUCAAUGGGAAUAGGCGAGGCAGCAAAUUUUGCAGCAUAUGCAUUCGCACCUGCUACAUUGGUAACACCUUUGGGAGCAUUGAGUGUUUUGGUCAGUGCUGUGCUUUCCUCAUAUUUCCUGAGUGAGCGUCUAAAUAUCCAUGGGAAAAUUGGCUGCUUGCUGUGCAUCUUCGGUUCCACGGUAAUGGUGAUCCACGCUCCACAAGAGGAAGAGGUUGCAUCAUUGAGUGCAAUGGCAGAGAAACUCAAAGACCCAGGAUUUAUCGUUUUUGCUGUCUGCAUUGUCGUGAUCAGUUUGGCCCUGAUCUUCCUUGUCGCACCUCGUUAUGGUCAGAAGAAUGUGCUGGUGUACAUCCUCAUCUGCUCUGUGAUUGGUUCACUAUCUGUGUCCUGUGUGAAGGGCCUUGGCAUUGGCAUCAAAGAGCUGUUCCAUGGAACAGCAGUUCUGAAAGAGCCACUGUUCUGGUCCCUGCUCAUAUGUCUAAUCAUCUGUAUCAGUAUUCAAAUAAGCUACCUUAAUAAGGCUCUUGACAUCUUCAACACCUCUUUAGUUACACCUAUUUAUUAUGUCUUCUUUACAACAUCCGUCAUGGCAUGUUCAGCCAUCUUGUUUAAAGAGUGGCUCCGCAUGUCUACUGAUGGGGCUGCUGGGACUGUUAGUGGCUUUCUAACCAUCAUCAUUGGCAUCUUUCUUCUCCAUGCUUUCAAGGACAUCAAGUUUAGCUUGGACUCUCUCCCUCUUUAUCUGCAUCUUAGACCUCAAGGAAGGACUCGGAGCCAACCGUACAUUGCUCUGCCAACCGAUGAGAGAAAUACGGAGGACGAAAGCAAUCUGACUAAGGAAAAAAGUACAAAUGACUUUCUUCCUGAGAGUUCAGACAGAAAGAGCAAUGGCACAUUUAUUACCUAGCAUAAUU